GCUACUAAGCACAGUAGCAGGCGGUGACCCGUGAAAAUUCUAUAAAACCGACAACAGCCUUCAAAGUAUUGUCACUUGUCGUUCAAGUUCGAAGAAAAUGUCGUUCCAUUUGAAAAUUUUCCUCCUAUUGGUGGUUGUGACUUUGGUUUCCUCCCAUACGAUUCGAUCGUUGGUGAACGAAUGCAAGAAAAAAGUCACGAUCAGUGAUGAGCUGGAGAAGUCCUUCCUUGAGCUUAACUUCCCACCGGAGGAGGAAACGUCCCGCUGUCUGAUGCACUGUAUCGGGGAAACGCUGCAACUGGUGGACGGUGACACGGGUGCGGCAAGACUAGACAACAUUAAGGUCAUGCUGAAAGGACCUGACAGUUCGCAGGAGGAGUUUAGUGAGGAGCACAUGAAGUGUCUGGAACAGAUAAGCGACGAAAAGGAGGACAAUUGUUCGAUGGCUUUCCAAGUGUAUCAGUGCUUCGAGCAAGAGUUCCUGGAGCUCAUGAAGAAAGACUUGGAGGAAAAUGAAUAAAUAUGAUCUCUUUUUAUUAUCAAAACAGUACCCAAUAAAAUAAAUAUUCUUAUCUUACAAA